UUCCGCGUUGUGGUUGCAAAUUGCUUGUCCUGCUACACGAGAAUGAAUCGACUUUCGCACGCUCAGAUCCACUGAGCAGGGCAUGCCCGAAUCAUUGUACCGUCAAACAUUUCGAUCGUGCCGACGGAAAGGCAUGAGGGUGGAGCAUGUGUUGUUUGCGAUUCUAGGAGGGCUUCUACUUGUCUCGUUCGUUACUAUAACGGCUUUUCCAUCGGCCGAGACGCCAAGCAGUAAACCAGCUGUGUCAGACAUCGACGUACCGCUCGUGCUCGAUCUGACGUCAACCUCGCCUGAAAGGAAGUUCGUCAAGAACACUUCCUGUCGCUUCCACAAGUGCUUUGAUGUGCUGCGCUGCGGACUGAGAGAGGACGGAAAACUAGGUGUUCACAUCUACCCGACCUCGUGGAGGAUCAACGGUGUUAAUGGUUCUCCUCUAUUCGCCCCACUAUCUAAGCAGUUCAUUCAAUUGCUGGAAGCCAUUGAGAGCAGCGGCUACUACGAGGAGAACGCGGACGAGGCUUGUCUUUUCGUUCCGGCUAUUGAGACGUUGAAUGCUAACCGACUGGAUGAUGAGCUAGUGAGCAAGGCUCUGGGUAGGUUGCCACUUUGGGGAGGCGGCAAAAACCAUGUGCUUUUCAAUUUCUUGCCAGGGAAGCAUCCAGAGUAUGAGACUGCAUUGUAUUUGGAGAGUGGGGAGGCGAUUAUUGCAGGGGCAGGGUUUUCGACAAGAUCAUAUAGGAAGGGAUUCGAUGUCAGCAUUCCGAUGUUUAAUGUGUUGACGAAAGUGGAGGAUGCGGGACCGACUGUUGAACAGUCGUAUCAGAAAGAGAGGCCGCUCGUAUUGGUUGUUAUGCAUGGUAACUUCUUACCAGAUCAUGACACUAUACUAGACUCGAUUUUGGAAGGAAAUUCACUGUCGGCGAUUCGGUUGAGACGGUGUGAGGACGCUGCAGUUCGUAAUAAUGCGAGGAAGGUGUGUUCGAGUGGUCAUGUGUAUGAUUACCCGGAAAUUCUAGUACAGGCAAAGUUCUGUGUCAUCACGCGUGGAUUGAGGAUGGUGUCUACGACUCUUCUUGAUGCUGUGAUGAUGGGCUGUGUACCUGUUAUCGUCUCGGACACUUAUGUUCUACCAUUUGCUGACGUGUUGGACUGGAAACGAGCGUCGUUGUUUAUUGCAGAGCAAAGCAUUGGUGAGAUUCCGACCAUAGUGCAGCAGAUACCACCGAACGUGUGGAGAAGUAUGUCAAAACAGGCUUUUUUUCUCUAUAACUACUACAUGUCGUCGAUGCAUAAGAUCACUCUGACGACGCUCCGGAUCAUUCAAGAUCGAGUGUUUGAUCAUUAUGCUUUACGAUAUGAAAACUGGAACUUGCCUCCUACGGUCAUGUCUACCGCGGACCCUGAUUUCAUUCGACCACCUCCUCCUCUUUUUAUUCCUUUAGCUCCUCUGCAAUCGACUGGAUUCACCGCUCUUAUUCUUACAUACGAUCGAAUUGAGAUACUGUACAAGGUGAUUAAAAUCGUAUCCGAGACACCGAGUCUAGCAAAAAUAGUCGUCGUCUGGAAUAACCAAGAGAAAGCACCACCACCUGAAGAGGAGUGGCCAAAAGUUGGAAAGCCGUUGGUUGUAAUUAGAACAUCAUCAAACAAACUAAGCAAUCGGUUCUAUCCAUAUGAUGCUAUUACCACCGAAGCAGUAUUAAACUUGGACGAUGAUAUGUAUAUGGUGACUCCUGAUGAGUUGGAAUUCGGAUACCAAGUGUGGUGUGAGUUCCCCGAUCGACUCGUAGGAUUUCCAGGUCGAGUCCAUGUGCUCGACGACGACAAGAAGUGGAAAUACGAGUCCGAAUGGACAAACGAAGUAUCCAUGGUUCUGACCGGAGCCGCAUUUCAUCAUAAAUUUUACAGUCAUGCCUACACGUACAUGAUGCCAGCAGACAUACGCGACUGGGUGGAUUCUCACAUGAAUUGCGAAGACAUUGCAAUGAAUUUUCUGAUUUCGGCGUAUACUCAUCAACCGGUUGUGAAAGUGACUCCACGAAAGCAUUUCAAAUGUCCAAAUUGUGGCACAAGUAUAUGGAACAACACAGAUCACUUUCAGAGGAGGAACUAUUGUUUAAAUUAUUUUGUUGAGGUUUUUGGCUACAUGCCACUCAAAACAGUUGAUUUCAGAGCCGAUCCAGUUUUGUUUAAAGACCAGUAUCCGACAAAUCUUAAACGUUUUCCUGCAGUAGGAGACGUGUAGAUCACAUGGUAAUGUUCUAGUGUGGGGUUUAUAUUGCAUAAAAGUAAGUACCGAACUGUAAGCAAUUAAUAUGAAAAGAUUACGAAUAUAACAAUA